AUGUCUCAAACCAAGAAGCUAACCUUCGUCAUAGUCGGCGGUUCUCUGGGUGGACUUGCGACAGGCAUAGCCCUCAAGGCACUGGGUCAUGACACCACUAUCUUAGAGCGUAAUCCAAACCCUUUGCUUGAAGAGCAAGGGGCAGGCAUUGUGGCAGGUGGUGACACACUCGAGUUCUUCAAACGGUAUAAUCGGUGCGAUCGACCGAUUGCGGUCACGUCGCAUCGAAGACAGUAUCUUGACAGGGAGGGAAACAUUGUUCACAAGGAGGAUAUGAAGCAGAGCAUGACAUCAUGGGAUCUAGCGUAUUAUUUGAUGCGAGCCAAUUACGACGGCACAAGCAGCGCUCACUGUCAAGCACCUGAACGAGUUCCUAGUCAUGGUAAAGCACUCCACCUUCACGACCACAAAGUCACCAACCUGAAACAUGAAGCCGGCGGUGUACGCGUUUCCUGGCAGAAAAGAAAUGGCGAAGAGGGCAGCAUUCUCGCCGAUAAAGUCAUCGGCGCUGACGGCCCCAGCUCCACAAUCCGCAAAAUGCUGCAGCCCGAAGUCGAGCGGAAAUACGCCGGCUACUGCGCCCUCAGGGGCACCGUCUCCGAGGAAAGAGUCAGUGACAUGGCACGGGAGGCAUUCACCGACCGCUUCACCUUCUUUCACGGCCCCGGUGUGCAGAUCCUCGCCUACGUAAUCCCGGGGAAAGCGGGCACGGUCGAGCUAGGAAAGCGACUUAUCAACUUUGUCUACUACACAAACUUUCCCGAAGGCUCGCCGGAACUAGAAGAAAUUAUGACGGACAAGGACGGCCAGCGCAGGCACAUCACCAUGCCUCCCGGCAUGACGGAUCCUACAGCCUGGAGGAAACAAUGCCAAAUAGCCCGCCAGCGACUGCCCCCGCAAUUCGCUGAAAUCGUUUGCGCGACGCAGAAGCCGUUCGUACAGGCCGUCACGGACGUCAUCAGCCCCGAGCAUGAAUUCAUGGGCGGGAAGGUGGUGCUCAUCGGUGAUGCACUGGCAGGGUUCAGACCGCACACCGUGGCGUCCACUUCACAGGCGGCAUUCGACGCCAUGAUUUUCGCGGAUUAUGUGGAGGGGAAGGUGGAGAGAGAACAAUGGAAGAAGCAGACGUUGGGGUUUGCUAGGUUGAUCCAGAGGAGGGGUGUUGAGAUGGGAAGGAGGAGUCAGUUCGAGGAGCUUUCACUACAGGAAUAUAUAGAGGAUCGGAAUGUUGCGUCUACGCCCAGGGAGCAAGAGGUUUAUCCAGAUUGGGCAGUUUCUGCUUAG